AUGGCUGAUAUUACCACUCGUCAAGUUAGUGCUGCAAACACUCUUGAAUAUCGUCUUUACUUUGAAAAGAACGGUGUCCCUGUCUCUCCUUUCCACGACAUUCCUCUCUUUGCUAAUGAAGAAAAGACCAUCUUUAACAUGGUUGUUGAAAUUCCUCGUUGGUCCAAUGCCAAGCUUGAAAUCAGCAAGGAAAUUGCCAUGAACCCCAUCAUUCAAGAUACCAAGAAGGGUAAGCUUAGAUAUGUCCGUAACUGCUUCCCUCACAAGGGUUACAUUUGGAACUAUGGUGCUUUUCCUCAGACUUGGGAAGACCCUAACCACUCUCACCCUGAAACCAAGGCUCGUGGUGAUAAUGACCCCAUUGAUGUCAUUGAAAUUGGUGAGCAAGUUGCUCAUGUUGGUCAAAUUAAGCAAGUCAAAAUUUUGGGUGUCAUGGCUCUCUUAGAUGAAGGUGAAACUGACUGGAAAGUCAUUGCCAUUGAUAUCAAUGACCCAUUGGCUUCCAAGCUGAACGAUAUUGAAGAUGUCGAAAAGCAUCUCCCUGGUCUCAUUCGUGCUACUAACGAAUGGUUCCGUAUUUACAAGAUUCCUGAUGGCAAGCCUGAAAACGUCUUUGCUUUCAGUGGUGAAGCCAAAAACAAAAAGUACGCUACUGAUGUUGUCUUUGAAACCCACGAAGCUUGGAAACAAUUGAUCAACGGCAGUGCCGACAAGAAGGAUAUUGAUGCUACCAACACUUCUGUUGAAGGCUCUCCUUACAAGGCCGACUCUGUUGACAUCCCUGCUGCCGCCCCUCAACCUGCUGCACCUAUUGAUCCUUCUAUUGACAAGUGGUUCUUCAUCUCUGGUCACAACUUGUAA